AUGACCAAACAGAAACACAGACAAGUGCAUCCGGUUCGGACAACGUCUGAGAGCACCUUGCCCGGAAACGAUUUGGAUUCUGUGCCUCCUAAAGAGGAUGCAACAGCUGGCGAUAUUGUUAAUCAAGAGGAGCUGUUUUAUGCGGCUGAAAAUGACAACGAUGGGGAGGACGAAACGGUAGACAUCAAUUCCACAUUGGUUGCUGAGGGCCAGGACGACGCUUCCAUAAUGUCCGUGCUUCCGCCUGCGCAGCCCAAACCUCUGCCAGAAGAAUAUCGGAUCCCUUCCGAAAUUCUCGAUUCCGAUGGACCUUCAAAUGGUCUCCUGGCAUUUUCUCUGAGUCUCCGGCGUCUUAACGUCCAUGACGAUCCGAUUUCCCUUCUCGUUCAUGUUUUUGAAGCCCGCUGUGUUUUAACCAGUCAGGUUGGCCCGGAGAAGUGGUUUGGUAGGGGAAAGUUUUACGUCAAGGCACGCUUCAUGUCUGCAGCAAUGAAACGCUCUCCCAGCAUGAACUCUGUCUCUUCAUUGGACCAACGGAUUCUACCUGCAUCAAGAUUUCCUAAAUUAGGUAUUAGUCCUGAACCAUGUGGACGAACAAAGGCUAAAGGCGCUUGCCGUACGGUGCGUUUCCGACAGACUAUCGAAAUACCUCUGCCAAAACCAUGGAAGCAGUUGGUUGGACAGAAUACCGAUAACGACACCACAAGCAGUAGCCACUCUCGACCUAGAUCGAUCUUCUCACGAAAACGAUCCAUAUCUAUGUCCGCUUUAGAUGAACAACCAAGGGAAUUUCAGCUGAAACUGACCCUGAAGCAGCGUGAAUCAUCGUCAGGGCUGUCAGCCAAGUCCAACAGCAAGGCGUCUGGGCGCAAGCGUUUCAAACUUCCAUUUACAAAGAAAUUGGAAGUCGGUUCUGUUAUAGUCGACUGCACUCCGGAACUGCUAAAACUUAUAGCUUGUGGACCAACACCUGGCUCAGUUAUUGCACCACCCUGUUCAACUCUCAGGCCUUUCGUUGAACAGGAGUGUGGUUCUGUAUCCUUAACUCAGCCUGGUCUCCUUCGUAUGGUCAGGGAGAUUAUUCAGCCCAGAGAGCAUGAAGCGACUGGAUGCCUGAAUUUGGCUCUUCAGUGGAAUCCAGACACGAUGACCUUGACCUGUCGUGCAAUUGAGUGCACCUCCAUCAACCUCCCGGCCGGAACUAAUAACGUCUACGCCGUGUUUAGUCUGAUGAACAACUCUGAAGUCCUGCAGACCGUAUGCUCAAAGCCAGCUGCUCGAUUCUCUGUCAGUGCAUGCGAAUUUCAGUUAAACGAUGAUGUCAAGUUCGUCUUGACUACAGAAGGAGGACUGGACAAGACAUGCGUUGGCGUGGCGGUAAUUGCAGCUGCGGGUUGUCUCAAGGCCGGAGAAAGCCUUAUUGGUCGCCUAGUCCUUGGUCCAGACGGGUUAGCAUAUGGAUCAGGACUGCGACACUGGAACCAGAUUAGUAGGAAACGAGCAAUGAUACGACGGAAGCACUGGUUGUGCUAA